AUGGAUCACGCAGAUUUGGUAGCAGAGCUAAGCGAAAUUGAAAAGAUGACACCAGCUGAACGAAUUGCUUUAGCACGUGAAAGAAGGAGGAUACAAUUGAGAAACUGGGAUGAACGUGAAAAACAGAUGACACCAACACCUCCGCGUCGCCAGCGUUUGAAAUUCAGUCCAGAAGUAGCUUUAUUGGAAGCAACAAGUCGAGGAGAUGCUGCGGAAGUUGAACGAUUACUUUUGGAGGGCGCAAAUCCAAAUUCACAUAAUGAAGAUGGAUUAACUCCGUUACAUCAGUGUGCUAUCGACAAUAAUGAACAAAUUUUGCAAUUACUUCUAAGGCAUGGGGCCGACGUAAAUGCGCAGGAUACGGAGCAGUGGACACCAUUGCACGCAGCAGCUUGUUGUGCUUAUAUCGAUAUUGUUCGUCUUCUUAUCGAUAAUGGUGCUGAUUUAUUAGCUGUGAAUGCAGAUGGUAAUAUGCCAUAUGAUAUAUGUGAUGAUGAAGCCACAUUAGAUGUUAUUGAAUCUGAGAUGGCAUCUCGUGGCAUCACGCAAGCAUAUAUUGACGAUCAACGUGGUGCAGCCGAAAAGCAAAUGUUGGAUGAAAUGAAAUUACUGAGGCAAGAGGGACAUCCGUUAGAUGUGAGGCAACCAGAUGGAAGCACAUAUUUACACAUAGCAGCAGCUAAUGGUUACUACGAUGUCGCAGCAUUUUUGCUAAGGUGUGGUGUAUCGCCAUCGGUACGGGAUAAUGACCUCUGGAUGCCCGUUCAUGCGGCAGCCUGUUGGGCUCAACCUGACCUUAUUGAGCUUCUUUGCGAAUAUGGUGAUCUUUGUGAGGAUACUACGACAAGAGCGAUAAUUGUUACAGUUCAACAACAAGAAGCAAGAAAAAAGCGUUUGGCAUUUGGAGUACGGGACAGCAGAAGGCAAUCCAGAAAGAGAAAAAAGUUCGAAUCACCGCAGCAGCCUACAGCUAAUGCAGACAAUCCUUUUUCUGCACGUGGUGCUAUUCGACGUCUUUCGUUAAGGGAUCGUUCAGGAAUGACCUUAGCAAGAAUGGAAGCUCAAAAGGAGCAAACAGACCUGUUGCGGUCAUGGAGUAAAGAAGAUGUUUCGUUCGGAAAGGGUGAUGCUAUUCCUACCAAUAAUUCAGUUGGGCAAAGUGCUUUGGAGGGUUCAGCUCAUACUGGGGGACAGUUUGAAAUUCGUCGACGUGACAGUCCUAAC